AUGACUCUAAAGCUCUACGGCCACCCGGCUUCCUUGUGUACUCGCCGUGUUCUGCUCGUUUUGGCAGAGAAAGGCAUCGAGUAUGAAUUUGUCAAUGUUGAUUUCAUGGUCGGAGAACAAAAGCGGGCGCCUUAUGAAGAGAGAAUGCCAUUUGGGCAGAUUCCGGCCCUCGAAGAUGGCUCACUCCGUCUCUAUGAGUCCAGAGCGAUUGCUCGUUACUUAGCCUCCCAAUACCGCAGUCAUGGAAUCGACCUCCUCCCUGCUGUUGACGAUGCCCAAGGUUGGGCCAUUUUCGAGCAGUUUGCCUCCGUGGAAUACUCUCAGUUCUUUGAUGCUGCUCUCCAAGUUUUGUGGCUGAAGCUUUUCAACCCGGCUUUUGGCAUACCUUCGGAUGAGGUUGCAACCAAGGCUGGUGUUGAAAAGCUCCACGCUAAACUUGACGCCCUAGAUAAGAUUCUGUCCAAGCAGAGCUAUCUCGGUGGCCCUGACUUUACUGUUGUGGAUAUAUUCUACAUGCCAGCUGUGAAUGCUCUUCAUCAUGCCGACGAAGGGCAAGCCUUUGAGCAGCGCAAGAAUCUUGGCGCUUGGUGGAGCAAGGUGUCCAGCAGGGAAUCUUGGAAGAAAGUCAACAAGAACUAA